UUCACUCCUCUCUAUAUCUCUCUCUCUCUCAUUCUCAUUUCAAUGAUGAAACUAUAAAAAAAGAAUAGCUGGGUUUUCUCAUUUCUUCUUUGUUAUUGUUUUACUUCUUCUACUGGGAUCGUGAAACUUGAAGAUCGGAUCAAGAGCUUUCGAACUCCAGCCCUAAACCUCCACUCGCUCAUCCCAAGAUGAAUUGAGUUGAGGAGAGGGAGAGAGAGAAAGAGAAAGAGAGAGAAAAGGGUUACGGAGUGAUCUGAAUAGGGUUUGCUACAUAAGAAAGGAACCAAAGGAUGUCGUCGUCAAAUUCUCCGUGUGCAGCAUGCAAAUUCUUACGCCGAAAAUGCACCCAAGAGUGUGUUUUUGCACCAUAUUUUCCACCAGAUCAGCCGCAGAAAUUUGCCAAUGUCCACAAAGUCUUCGGUGCUAGUAACGUGGCUAAAUUGCUCAACGAACUCAAUGCUGCUCAAAGGGAAGAUGCUGUGAAUUCCCUUGCUUAUGAGGCUGAAUAUCGCCUGAGAGACCCAGUCUAUGGUUGUGUUGGCCUUAUUUCAUUGCUUCAACAUAAGCUUAGGCAAGUUCAAGAUGAUUUACUGAAUGCGAAAAAGGAAUUAGCAACCUACAUUGGUCCAUCAGCAAUGCUACCGAUUCUUCAACCUCAAGGGUUUCUCCAACCGCAUCAUAUGAAUAAUCCAUCUUCUAGUACUAUGAUGCCUUUGAAUAUGAACCCAAUGUUAGGAAUGCCAACUGGGGUCCCUCAUGGUGGUCAGUUAAUGAUCCGUGACCCUCAGCAGCAGCAGCAGACAAUUGAAGCUCAGCAGUUAGCAGCAGCAAUGGCUGCAAGGGAACAACAGGAGAUGCUUAGGAAUUAUGAGCAGCAACAGCAACAACAGCAGCAUCCUCAGCAACAAGAUAUUGUAAGGUUUAACAGUGGGUUUGACUCUACAGGCUCAGUGACUGCUACUGGAUUUCACCAAAUGAAUUCUUCACCCAUAUCAGCUUCGUUGGCUUUGGGCUCCUAUGAGAAUAAUCCUUAUAAUCUGAUUCAGCAGCAGCAGCCACAGCAACAGGAGCAAAAUCAUCCUCAUCACCAGCAGAUUCAUCUUCAGCCACAGCUGUUGCUGCAGCAACAACAGCAUCAGACGCCGCAGCAACCAGAGACCCCGAGGCAGCAACAGAGAGCCAAAAGCGAAGAGGAGGGAAGGAGCGUCGGUCCUUCAUGUUGAUGUCUUCAGUACUGUGCUGACAAAGCUUUAUUAAAUACAUUUUUGAUCUUGCAAAUUGAUGCCAUAUACCAGCGUAUAAAAAGAGAGACAGGAGAUAGAAGAAGAGAGAUUAUGAUGUACAAAGAGAAAUGAGAGAUAUAUAGUAGCAGAGAGAAAUGAGUAUUUUCAACUUGAACUUUAAAGUUUGUAGGUAUCAGCUCUCUUUUAGACUUUAUUUCCUACUCCAAAAUUUCUAUUCGUCAAGACCCUUUUUGAGUUUUGAAGAACACAGUUUAUUCCUGGAAAAGGUACAUUUUUCUUAAAUGUUGGAGUAGCAUUAAUUCCAAAAACAGUGUUGCCUUUCGUUUGAAUAUAGAUGCUUGCUUUAAUUGUC